UUUCCCAGGGAUCCUUUUGUGCUUUCCAAACUGCGGCCAUGGCCGAUCUGGGAGGCCUUCGGGGCGCGCUCUCUUGCCCCGUGUGCCUGGACCUUUUCCGGGACCCGGUGAUGGUGUCCGGCUGCGGCCACAACCUGUGCCGGGCCUGCGUGAGCCGCUGCUGGGGGCAGCUGGAGAGGAGCCUGCGCUGCCCGCUCUGCCGGCAGCUGCUCCCGCUGCAUCGCCUGCUGCAGCCCUGCCCGCUUUUGGGCAGCCUGGCGGAGCGCCUCCGGAGCCCCCGCCGCGGCCCCCCUCUGCCGCCUCUGGAGGGAGAGAGACCCCCCGCUUGCGUGGACGGAGGAUCGUCGUCCAGCAUUGCGCCUGGUUCGGCCUCGAUCGUGGGAACGGCGGCGGGGGUGUUUGGGGGAAUGUCUGUGAGCAGGAAAGAUACUCCGGGAUGGGGUGGGUGGAAGCUGCGUGGCGGGGUUUAAGAAACCUCGGUGGUCCUGCGGGGCGGGGGGAGGGGUUGUGGGGGUUGAGGUCUGCCUCUUGCUUCCAGCCUUUGGACCCUAGCUGUCAACUUUUCCCUUUUCUUGCGAGGAAUCCUAUUCGGAAUAAGGAAAUUCCCCUUUAAAAAAGGGGAAAGUUGACAGCUAUGCUUUGGACGUGUCUGUGUUGAAGCUGGGAAGCGGCUGCAGUCGCCAGGAUCUCAAAAGCUUCCAGCUGUCGUUGAAAAGAAACAGAAAAAGCACGCGUCUAGAUGUCUAUAAUAGUAUUUGUUUCUUUUGGGGGGGGGGGGUAUCCGGGUCACUUGGCAAUGAAGUGUCCUGAGCCAUAAAACAAAAGAACAAUGGCUUUGCUCUGUCUCCCGCUGUCAGAGGCAGUAUACUGGGAAUUGCAAGCGGGGAGAACGGCUGCUGUUCUCCCCAGGUCUGUUUGCUGGCUUCCAAGAGGCUUGGCCCCUGUGAGGGCAGACUCCUGGACCAGAUAAGCCAGGCAUAGGCAAACGCGGCCCUCCAGAUGUUUUGGGACUACAACUCCCAUCAUCCCUAGCUAACAGUGGUCAGGGAUGAUGGGAAUUGUAGUCCCAAAACAUCUGGUGGGCCGAGUUUGCCUAUGCCUGAGAUAAGCUCUUGGCCUCAACCUGCCAGGGUUUACAAAAUUCUGUUUUGGCUCUGAUUUUUGCUGAAAAACUGGGCAGCAUUUUAAGCCAGCAGCAAUAUUGUCAUUAUGUGUUGUUUUUAAAAAAAUAAAAUGCAAAGACAUUAUUGGGUUAAGGGAACAAAUAACCUUGCCUUGCUGGUAUCCAUCACUGUGAUCAAAGUCUAUACAUAAGCAAAUGUCUGGAGGAGCUUUGGGUGAAUGAUGCUUUUACCUGCCAUGGGGAACUCCUUCUUCACAACAUCCUGGGCUUCCCCUACCUAUUGCUUAUUAAGAUGCCUCUGAGCUGUAAGCUGCAGCCUGAUCCAAACAAGCCUUGACUAAUGCUAACCUUACAUGUCUGGUCAGAUGUAAAUUGUUUUGCUUUCAAUAGGGAUUCCUUUCAGAUAAGUGUGCCUAGCAAGGGAGCUGAUCUGUGGCUCUCCAGGUGUUAUUGGACUCCAACUUCCAUCAUCGCCGACCCUUGGCUAUGCUAGCUGGGGCUGAUGGGAGUUGGAGUCCGACAAUGUCUGGAGGACUACUGGUUCUUCAUCUCUGGUUUAUAGUGUUGCAGCCAGAAUGGUGGUCCCCUGAGCAGUGGCAAACAGGUCCAAGGAUCACCACAAACUGCUGGAAUUUAUUUAAAAAUCAUGCCCUGCUUUUCAUAUGCCUGUCAAAGCAGCUUACAAAUAAUUAAAUAAGCAAAACAUGCAAUGUGCAAAAUUUAAAGCAUCAGAGAAUUAGAAUAGAAUUCAUGGUCUUGGCCUGUAAAGCGAGAUGAGCGUCGCAACCCCAGAGUCGUUCGCGACUGGACUUAACAGUCAGGGAUCCCUUUACCUUGACAUUGAAGGAACAAUUUCUCAUUGACGUAGGAACCACUCAUCAGGCUCCCGCAGGUGAUCUAUGAAACGUCUUAUAGCCAGGGUUGCUACGUGACCAGAGAAAUAAAACCGCCUAGCCUGCUCCUCCGCUGAUAACAGCACCCUGAACAUUCGAAAUCAGCAGAGAUUUGCUAAAGACGUGAGAGCACGGCGUGGUGUUGAGAGUUGGCAGCGCGUUGUGCAGCUGUUCACAAAACUAACCACAUCUGUCUUUCAGGGUAAGCUGGUGGUGGACCAGUCUGGUCUGAAACUGGAGAGAGAAGCCAGCACCAUUGAAGAGAAGCAGAGAGAGGAGCUGCUGGUAGGUAUUUCAAAUGAGAUUUGCAAGUAGGCAAAAACGUCACUUGCACGACAAAUUUCCUCUUCUGUACAGCAAUUAACGGCCACCCUUGGUGAAUUCUAUACAGUCACACCUCGGGUUACAGAUGCUUCAGGCUGUGUUUUUUUGGGUUACGGUCCGCCAAAACCCGGAAGUACCGGAACGGGUUACUUCUGGGUUUCGGCGGUCGCACAUGUGCAGAAGCGCUAAAUUGCACUUUGCGCAUGCACAGAAGCAUAGAAUCAUAGAGUUGGAAGAGACCACAAGGGCCAUCGAGUCCAACCCCCUGCCAAGCAGGAAACACCAUCAGAGCACUCCUGACAUAUGGUUGAAGCACCGAAUCGCAACCCGCGCAUGCGCAGACGCGCUGCUGCAAGUUGCGAACGCUGCUGGUUGCAAACAUGCACAGAUCACGUUCGCAACCCGAGUGUUCACACACACACACACACACACACACACCAGUGUUCUUUCAAGGAACUCAGGGAAGUGUGCAAUUCCCCGCCAUCUCUUGCCACCCUCACAACAACCCUGUGAGGUAGGUUAGGCUGAGAGAUGGAGACUGGCUCAAGGUCUCCCAAUGAACUCCGUGGCUCUGAGAGGGCGUUUGGACCUGUCUUUGUCCUGAUGCUCUAACUCAGAGACAGGGAGCCUGGGGCUCUGGGUGUUCAUCGUUAGGAGCUGGAGCCGGGAGUGGGUCAGCAAUAAAUGAACAGUAGUGAGGACACGGGUGGCGCUGUGGGUUAAACCGCAGAGCCUAGGACGUGCUGAUCAGAAGGUCGGCAGUUCGAAUCCCCGUGAAGGGGUGAGCUCCGGUUGCUCGGUCCCUGCUCCUGCCAACCUAGCAGUUCGAAAGCACAUCAAAGUGCAAGUAGAUAAAUAGGUACCGCUCCAGCGGGAAGGUAAAUGGCAUUUCCAUGCGCUGCUCUGGUUCGCCAGAAGCGGCUUGAUCAUGCUGGCCACAUGACCCGGAAGCUGUACACCGGCUCACUCUGCCAAUGAAGCAAGAUGAGCACCGCAACCCCAGAGUCGGCCACGACUGGACCUAAUGGUCAGGGGUCCCUUUACCUUUACCUUUAGUGUCAGUGGAGUCAACCCUUUAUUCAAAGAAACCAAAACAGCACAGGCCUAGCAGCAACUCUUCCCAGUAGACCUUUCCUGAAUGAGUUGCGAGGUUCUGAUUCUGAACUGCUGUCUGCCACAGCCUCUUCUUGCUCACUGAAUCCUGUUGCCCCUUCAGCUUCUGACACCACCAUCUCCCAGUUUGCUCCCUCUUCGCCCCCAUUGUCACCACUCCCCUGGCUCUUAGUCUUCUUCCCCUGGGGGUUCCCCGGCAGGUGCCUCUCACCACUCUUCUGUAUCCAGCCAGUCCAUCACAGCUUCCCACACCAUCUCUGACCAUUGGCCAUGCUGGCUGCAUCCAGUAGAUCUUUCCUGUUCCACCUGAACAGCUCCCGGUUCCCCAUCUCUGCUGGCUGCUGCAUGUUGCAGGUAGAAAUUUAGCCUGGGGAGUUUCCCCGCAGGUUAACUGUGUGUUAGGAGGAGCCUUGCCUACUGAAUUCUUGCUUGCCAGGCAGCUGUUGAAAGGCCUGAGAGCUACGCCGGGGAAUGCUGCCUUGGCGAUUCUUCCAGGAACUCUCCUUUGCCACACGCUCGAUUUGUUUUGCUUGAUCCUGUCACUGCAGAAGCAGGCGGAAGUGGAAGGACAGCAGCUUACCCAGCAAUGGAAGGAGCUGUGUGGCUUUUUGGAGGAGCAGGAGAGGCAUUUGCGGAACCAUUGGGAAGAACUCAAGAGAGACAUCGCCCAGGGAGCCCCCAAAACGCUCAGUGAGGAUCCUCUGCAGCAGGAACCGUACAGGGAGCGCGGCCAAGUGUCGCCUGUAAGUUCUGCAACAGGGCUGGGGAACCCGGGGCUAAAGCGCCAACCAGGUGCUUUUUCCUGGUUGAAACAUGCUGGUGAUUUAAAUAAUAAUACUAUAAUUGUGUUUGUGUUUUAUUACGUCUGAAUGUAGCAUGAGUGUCUCAUUCAAUUCGGAAGCUGGUUCCUACUUUUAGUAGAGCUGUUGUACUUUUAACAGUGGCCCAGUGAUUGCCAUUUUUUGUAACGGUCCAUAUUUGUGGCUUUGCAGUAAUAAAAAUCAUAGUAGUAGUAGUAGUAGUAAUAUAUUUUUAUACCCCAGACACUCUGGGCAGCUCCCAACAGAUGAUGAUGAUGAUUAAUAAAGCCAUCAAACAUUAAAAACUUCCCUAAACAGGGCUACCUUCAGAUGUUUUCUAAAAGUCAGAUAGUUGUUUGUUUCCUUGACAUCUAAUGGGAGGGUGUUCCACAGGGUGGGUGCCACUACCGAGAAGGCCCUCUGCCUGGUUCCCUGUAACUGUGCUUCUCAUAGUGAGGGAACUGCCAGAAGGCCCUCAGAGCUGGACCUCAGUGUCCGGGCUGAACGAUGGAGGUGUAGAUGCUCCUUCAGGUAUACUGGACUGAGGCCGUUUAGGGGUUUAGUUUAGUUCCAGCUGAAAAAAAGCCCUGUCAGCACCAACACUUUGAAUCGUGCUCGGAAACGUACUGGGGCCAAUGUAGUUCUUUCAGGACUGGUGUUAUAUGGCCUCGGCAGCCACUCCCAGUCACCAGUCUAGCUGCCGCAUUCUGGUAGGUAUGCUUCCCUGACUCACGUGCGCAUAAACCUCUUUUUAUCUUUCCUUUUAGGGUGUUGGAAGAACAAGGAGCAGGUAAAUAUUGGCCCCUUCCCUCUGCAUCUCUGCUGGGUUUGUAACAAGCAGAGAAAUGGAUGUUGGGUUUUGGGAUCAUCUCUCAUCUUCCUCACCUUUCAGCAUGGAAGAUGGCAUGUUGGAGACAGACCUCGCUGUAGCAGGGCUAAAGCAGAGACUCAGCAACUUCUCCAGGAAACGGGCCAUGCUGCAGGAGGCGCUGCUGCGAUUCAAAGGUAAACAGGAGUCUUGCUGCAACUCUGCCUCAUGGGACUUGUGUUAUUUGCAUGAUACCAGUAGCCGUGUGGGUGGGGUUGAUUUUUGUGGCUUUUUGAGUCUGCCAGCAUGGUGCUCUUUAGAUGUUGUUGGGCUACAACUCUCCUCAUCUCUGAUAUUCCAAAUGUUAAAAAAACACACGAAAAACCUAGUUUGCUGGGCAGCUUGAGGGUUAUUUUCUGAAAAGCUCUGCUGGGAGAGUUGCGUUAUGAGCUGAUAUGGUUUGCCCACCAUGCUAAGCCACAGAUCACUUGUUUCUCCAAAGUUAGGUUUGUCUCCAGCUGCUUUCGCCUCGUUUCUUUGUGGUUUGGUGAGCGCCAGCAGCUGGUGUGGUGAAUCAAACCAUGGUUAAGGGACUCUGCUGGGUUUACACAUAACGCCAAGCUUUACAAACUUACAAACUUGGCUUUGUCUUUACUAACAGCAAACCUUUGUUUCAGACUGGUUUGUUGACAGUAAACAAACCAUAGCUAGGGCUGGGUUCAUACAUAUCGCUAAGCCAUGGUUCAUGUAACCAUGGUUUAAUAAAAUAUGGUUUAGUAUUGUGUGUGAACCAGGCAGACCGACUUCUGAACAAACACAUGAGAUUGUGCUGCUGAAUUCAGAUCCAAACCCUUGGUUCCAUUCUUGACUCCUCUUACAGAAAGAUCCCAUCUCAGUCGCCUAGAUCAGCAGACCACAAGGAUUGUUUUGUCUCGUAAAUUAUAGCAAUCAUUUACCACCCCAUCUAUUGUGAGAGUUUAAUUCUCCUCCCUCCUUGACUAUGCAUGUCUCUCCCCCUCCCCCCGAAGUAAGUCCUUACUGAGCUCAAUGGGGCUUUCUCUCAAGGAAGCGAGUUUCGAUUACAACCUUAUUUUUUUCUUCCUCCAGAGAAUCUCUGCGUGGAAGUAGAUGGAGACAUAGGUAUGUGACAAUGGCUGUCUCUGGGGCAUUAGAUGACAUGAAAGAACACUGCUGAAUGAAGAGGUUGAUCUUGCUGUACAGUGGUACCUCGGGUUACAUACGCUUCAGGUUACAUAUGCUUCAGGUUACAGACUCCACUAACCCAGAAAUAUUACCUCGGGUUAAGAACUUUGCUUCAGGAUGAGAACAGAAAUCAUGCUCCGGUGGCGCAGCGGCAGCAGGAGGCCCCAUUAGCUAAAGUGGUGCUUCAGGUUAAGAACAGUUUCAGGUUAAGAACAGACUUCCAGAACGAAUUAAAUACUUAACCCGAGGUACCACUGUACAUAAUAUAUUUUCCAAUUUGAUCUGUGUUGCUCCUUUACGCCUUUGAAAUGGCAACUGCUGAAUCCCUGACUUUUGCUCGUCUUAAAUUCUGCAUGCUCUGAAGGGACAAAAUACAGUGGUACCUCAGGUUACAUACGCUUCAUGUUACAUACGCUUCAGGUUACAGACUCCGCUAACCCAGACGUAGUGCUUCAGGUUAAGAACUUUGCUUCAGGAUGAGAACAGAAAUCGGGCUCUGGUGGCGCGAUGGCAGCAGGAGGCCCCAUUAGCUAAAGUGGUGCUUCAGGUUAAGAACAGUUUCAGGUUAAGUACGGACCUCCGGAACGAAUUAAAUACUUAACCUGAGGUACCACUGUAAUGGAAAUGCAGGGGAGAUAGGUGUAUGUACAGUGGUACCUCUGGUUGCAAACGGGAUCCGUUCCAGAGCCUCGUUCGCAACAUGAGCAGAACGCAACCCGCAUCUGCGUGGGUCACGAUUCGCCACUUCUGUGCAUGCGCGUGACGUCAAUUUGAGCGUCUGCGCAUGCACGAGCAGCGAAACCCGGAAGUAACCCUUUUCGGUACUUCUGGGUCGCCGCGGGACGCAACCUGAAAAGACAUAACCUGAACUGAACGUAACAAGAGGUAUGACUAUACUAGAGGCGCAAAAGGAUAUGUGCUUUUAAAAUAGUGAUAUUCUGAGUACGCAUGCCAACCUCUUUUUCUGUCUUCAAGCGGGAUAUAUAUAGGUUAGAUCUUUCUCUCCCCACUGUAGUAUAGAAGGGUGGGUGGUCCACAUCUUCGUUUUGGAUGCUUACCCCUAUUCCUGUUCCGCUGUUGUGUGUAUGUUUAUAUAAUUUGUGGAAGGCGUUUUGCACUGUACAGUGGUACCUCAGGUUACAUACGCUUCAGGUUACAUACGCUUCAGGUUACAGACUCCGCUAACCCAGAAAUAUUACCUCAGGUUAAGAACUUUGCUUCAGGAUAAGAACAGAAAUCGGGCUCCGGCGGCGCGGCAGCAGCAGGAGGCCCCAUUAGCUAAAGUGCUGCUUCAGGUUAAGAACAGUUUCAGGUUAAGAACGGACCUCUGGAACGAAUUAAGUACUUAACCUGAGGCACCACUGUAUUCUGCUUUCCCCCACUAUGAAAGCAGGCGGGGGAGGGGCAGGAAGGUUGAGCUGGCAUUUGAACUUGAAAUGUAAAAAAUGGUGUCCCAGAUAUGUGUCCCAAAUUUCAUUCCCACCCAUUGAUGUUCAGGGGAGCUGAGGAAUUGCAAGCAAACAGAAUUCCCAGUGGAAUAUUCCAAGCAAAGGCUUGUCUUCACUUGGCUAGCCAUGUUGCUUCCUCUUCCUAGGCCUCUGUGCUGAAUAAAAUGCCUGCCCCAUGUCUAUAGAGUUAGAGCCCAAGAAUGAUUACGAUUUAUUUCUUCUCCUAUGGACCAGAUUCUCACACUUUACGCUUCUCGCUCAAGCAGGCUACAGAACAACACCCUCACUUCAGUCCGUGCCGAUCCACCCACCCCAGGAAAACAGAAGCAAAAAAUCUGCAGCGGAUGUGAUCCAGGUAUCUGGUUUUUGGAGAGCAGCAAGCAUUAGGAACCUGGGAAGUCGGAUCCCUUGGUCCAUCUAGAUUAGUCUUGUCAACACUGGCUGGCAGCAACUCCCCAGCCCCGCAUGAAGAUGAACCUAGGAUUGAACCUAGGACCUUGACCAUACAAACCAGAUCCUCCACCACUGAGCUAAGACCCUUCCCUAUUAAAUGUUGCUUAACCUUUCUCUCUGUUUCCAAAGUUCAGAGGUGAGUGUGGAUCCUUAUACAGUGGUACCUUGGUUCUCAAACGCCUUGGUACUCAAGAAACUUGGAACCCAAACACUGCAAACCCGGAAGUAGGUGUUCCAGUUUGCGAACCUUUUUCGGAAGCCGAACGUGCUCCGUUUUGAGUGUUACGCUUCUGAUUUGAGUGCCACACUUCCAUUUUGAGAGUUACACUGAGGUCUGUCUGUUUUUGCUAUUUAUUUUGCAUUUUUGUUCUUGUGGCUCUUAUUUUUUUGUGACUGUGUGGAACCCAGUUCAGCUACUGAUUGAUUGAUUGUGUGACUGCAGUACAUUGUUUAUUGCUUUCAUUUUAUGGAUCAGUGGCCUCGUUAGAUAGUAAGAUUCAUGGUUAAAUUGCUGUUUUUAAAAGUCUGGAAUGGAUUAAUCCAUUUUGCAUUACUUUCUAUGGGAAAGCACGCCUUGGUUUUGGAACGCUUUGGUUUUGGAAUGGACCUCCAGAAUUGAUUAAGUUUGAGAACCAAGGUACCACUGUAUAGGGGAAAAAACAGCAUCAUCCACACAAGUAGGGAUGUAUCUGCAGGUUAAGGAGAACCCCAAGGUUGGCAGAAGUACAACAAAAGAUCUGUAAAAGGAGAGAGCUUCACAAAACCAUUGAGAAGGAAGUGUUCUCAGUGAACACAGAAUGCAUCAUCAACAUUAUUAUUAUUAUUAUUAUUAUUAUUAUUAUCAGUGAACACAGAAUGCAUCAUCAUCAUCAUCAUCAUUAUUAUUAUUUAUUAUUAUUAUUCCACCCAUCUGGCUGUUUUGCCCCAGCCAUUCCGGGCAGCUCCCAGCAAAUUAAUACACAGUAAAACAUCAAACAUUUAAAAAAUCCCUAUACAGUACAGGGCUGCCUUCAGAUGUCUUCUAAAAGUCGGAUAGUUGUUUUUUCCCUUGACAUCAGAUCGGAGGGUAUUCCACAGGGCGGGCGCCACUACCGAGAAGGCCCUGACUUCUGAUGGGGAAACUGAAAACCACGGGGAAUGGAAUGGAGUAUCGCUAGAACUUGUGGACAUCCAAUGAUUGUUGGAGGAGUCAGGAUAAAUUAAACAAAGUACUUCUUCAUGCAUCGCAUACUGAAACUGUGGAACUCAAUGCUCCAGGAGGCAGUGAUGGCCCCCACUUGGAUGGCUUUGAAAGAGGAUUGGAGAAAAUCAUGGAGGAGAGUGCUCUCGAUGGCUUCUUACCCUGAUGGCUAUGCUCUGCCUCUUUGGUCAGAGGCAGCAAUGCUUCUGAAUUGCUGGAAACCACAGGAAGGAAGAGGGCUCUUGUGUUCAAAUCCUGAUUUAUUUUUUUAAAACAUAUUUUUUAUUGAAUUUUUUCGUGUUUCAUUUAGUUCAAUACACAUAUUCACAACUUAUAUUAUUUGCUCAAAAUGAGAGACUUCCUUCUAUCUCUCUUUCUGACAUCCCUAUAAUCUAUAGCAUAUUUUUCACAUUCCCGUAAUCAUUUCUUUAUCCUAUAAUCACCUUAAAAUAUCACAUUCCUGUUUACAAAUCAACAUCUUAAUUUCACAUUACAAAACAUUUCAAGUUAGUGCUACAAACAUUUUUAAAUGAGUACAAUUUUCUUUCAGGGAAUUAAUAAAUUUGCUCCAGUCCUUUUGAUAUUUUUCUUCGGGCCGAUUCCUAAUUCUCUCCGUCAGCUUCGCCAACUCCACAAAUUUUACCCUAUUUAUUCUCCAGUCUUCCAAUGUAGAGAGUUCUUGCUGCUUCCACCUUUGAGCCAGGAGGAUUCUUGCUGCCGUUGUGGCGUACAUAAAUAAAUUUACAUCUUUUUUAUAAAUUUCUUCAUCAAUUAGCCCUAAUAGGAAUGCCUCUGGUUUUUUACAGAAGUUAUAUUUUAGUAUCUUUUUUAAUUCAUUGUAGAUAAUAUCCCAAAAAGCCUUAACCUUAGCACAGGACCACCACAUAUGUAGGAAGUUCCCUUCCUUCACCUUACAUUUCCAACAUAAUUUGUCCUGGCACCUAUACAUUUUGGCCAGCUUAGGGUGAUGUACCAACGGUAGUGUUCGAAUCCUGCUUGCUGGUUUGCCACAGGCAUGUGGGCAGCCGCUGUAGGAAUAGGAUUCUGGACUAAAUAAUAAUACCUUUAUUGUCAUUGUACAACCUGUGUACAAUGAAAUUAAACGAGCCCCCUGCCCACUCAAUCUCUUAUCAAACAACACACCACCUCGCAAGUCAGUUUCACUACGUUUUUCAUUCAACAGCCUAACAGCCCACGGAUAGAAGCCAUUUUUUAGCCUGUUGGUACGGCUGGUUAUACUUCUAUAUCUCCUGCCCGAGGGUAGAAGAUUAAAGAGGUGAUGGCCGGGGUGUGAGUCAUCCCUAAGAAUUUUUCUCGCUCUCCUAAGGCAACAAUCCUUUCGAUGUCAUCUAGCGGACUCAAGGGACAGCCCAUGAUAUCAUGUGCUGUAUUCACCACCCUCUGUAGAGACUUUCUGUCCGUGGCUGUCAGGCCAGCAUACCACACUGUGAUACAAUAUGAAAGGACACUUUUCUAUUGUGGACCGGUAGAAGGAGCUCAUCAGUUGUUGUAUGUACGGGACCGCCUCUCCUGGUAUGCCCCGCCAAGGACCAUAAGGUCUGUGAAUAACCAUAGUUUAGAGGUCCCGGGCCCUAAGGAAGUCAGACUAUCCUCCGCCAGGGCCAGGGCCUUUCAGUGAUGGCUCCAACCUGGUGGAAUGCUCUGUCCCAUGAGACUAGGGCCCUGCAGGAUUUAACCCCCUUCCGUCAGGCCUGUAAGACAGAGCAAUUCCGCCUGGCCUUUAAUUUGAAUUCAGCCUGAUCUUUUAUUUCCCUUCUCUUCCUUCCCCCUCCCCUUUUAUGAAGAUCACCCACUCCAAGACCCCACAGCUAAUUCUCCCCUGGUCUCCUUGCUGGCCCAAGUAGGACCAAUUCAGCCAGCUAGCCCUGGGGAUUAUCUAAUUGAUUUUUGAUUUUUAUUGUUAUUCAUGUUUUUAUACUGUAUUUUAUGCUGCUUUUAUAAUAAAGUGUUUUAAAUUUGUUGUUAGCCGCCCUGAGCCUGGUUUUUGAACCGGGAAGGGCGGGUUAUAAAUAAAAAUUUAUUAUUAUUAUUGUUUAACAUUCCUUCUCAAGACCCUGAGGAAAUGGAGUCUCCUUUGGGCCUUUCUGACCACCUGAGUUACGUUGAUUUUCCAAGUGGGGUCCUCACUGAGGUAAAUUCCCAGGAAUUUAAAGGAGCUAUGAGACUGAUUCCACAGAGUUCUUAUGUUCUUAAAGCAGGGUCAGUGGGGGACAGCGUCAAGGGCCAAAUAAAGAGAUUUGGGGGCCACGGUUGUGCCCCCCCCAGGCCAGUCUGAAAUUUCCCAUCCCUGUUCUUGGUGUUUCAGGAGUUGACAGCCUGCAAGAGAACUGCAGUACAUUCAGAGGAGUUGCCAGUGGACUCGCCCCUCACAACUGCUGCCAUCACCAGGACCAUCAAGGAAGAGGAAGAGGAAGCUGGCAUCCCUUCAGGUAGGAGCCCCAGACCCCACUUGUUUCCCUGAGGUGGGGUUUGGGUACUCCAACUCCCAUCAGCAUCAGGGCCAGUGACCCGGGAUGAUGGGAGUUUGAGUCCAGCAACAAUUAGGGAACACAUUGUUUGGUACAAUUUGAUGGUUAUCCAAGUUCAUUUUUCUCCUUGUUCAUCCCCUGGCUUCCUUGUGCACUUUUCAUUCCAGCAGGCGUUAUGCUGUCGGGCGGAAUCAAGGAAGAGAACCCGCAGCAGAACGGCCACGAGCCGGCGGAACUCCCCGCCACAAGACCGCUGCGCUCAGAAUGCAGCGCUCCCCAGAGUCGUGAGUGGGUGGGUACAGGCCAAGCCGCCUUUGCGACAGGAAGGCGGCAAGGAACUAAUCUGGUGACGGGCGCGGGUCAGCCUGCGUGGCCCAAGGGAGGCCGCGCGAAGGCAGCCGCCCAGAAGAGGAAAGAGAAGUGCUUCCCGUGCCCCGAAUGCGGAAAGACCUUCCGGCAGUUUGGGGUCCUGAUCACCCACCACCGGCUGCACACGGGCGAGAAGCCCUACAGCUGCACGUACUGCGCCAAGCGCUUCAGCGAUUACUCCAACCUGAUCGCGCACCAGAGGACCCACACCGGGGAGAAGCCCUACCGGUGCGCCGACUGCGGGAAAAGCUUCACCCGCAGCACCACCCUCACCAUUCACCAGAGGGGCCACACGCGGGAGAAGCCCUAUCCCUGCCCCCAGUGCGGAAAGCGCUUCAGCCGGUCCUCAAACCUCACCAUCCACCAGAGGACUCAUGCAGGGGCGAUGGGGAAGAAGCCACGGACUUGAGAUAAGGGGCGGGGCGGGGCGAAUGCUGACCGUUGGCUCGAUCCAGUAAAGCUCGGGGGAUUUUGAAAAAAUCAAUAAAAUGGGUCAAAUGUUGAAAA